AUUUAUUCAUCGAGACCUCUCGCUCUGGUCUGUGUUCUCUCUCUUCUUUGCAUCUUUGGGUUACGUACUUCGAUCGAAACCCUAGGGUUUGAAUCGAUACUUCUCUCAAUCGAAAUUCACGUGCAAACUGAUAUUUCACUCAUUUGUUUGUCGAUCAGAUCGUGAAUUUUCGGUUGAAUUGUUCUCUAUCUGGUGAAAAUGCCGUCAGUCUACGGAGCUCGAUUGACCACAUUCGAGGACGCUGAAAAGGAGAGCGAGUAUGGUUAUGUUCGCAAGGUGUCUGGACCAGUCGUCAUUGCAGAUGGCAUGGCUGGAGCUGCAAUGUAUGAACUAGUCCGAGUUGGGCAUGAUAACCUGAUUGGUGAAAUUAUUCGUCUGGAGGGGGAUUCUGCCACAAUCCAAGUGUAUGAGGAAACAGCUGGUUUAAUGGUCAACGAUCCUGUUUUACGAACGCACAAGCCUUUGUCAGUGGAGUUGGGACCAGGAAUACUGGGGACUAUUUUUGAUGGCAUACAGAGGCCUUUGAAAACUAUUGCAAGAAUAUCUGGUGAUGUUUACAUCCCUCGUGGUGUCUCAGUGCCAGCCCUUGACAAAGAUGUGCUCUGGGAGUUUCAGCCUAAGAAAUUAGGUGAAGGAGAUCUUGUGACUGGUGGUGAUUUGUAUGCUACCGUAUUUGAAAACAGUCUAAUGGAACACCAUGUUGCCCUCCCACCUGAUUCGAUGGGAAAAAUCACUUACAUUGCUCCUCCUGGUCAAUAUUCAUUGAAGGAUACUGUGUUAGAGCUUGAGUUUCAAGGCGUCACAAAAAAGUUUACGAUGCUUCAGACUUGGCCUGUCCGUACACCCAGGCCUGUUGCGGCCAAACUUGCUGCUGAUACCCCACUGCUUACUGGGCAGCGUGUUCUUGAUGCUCUUUUCCCCUCUGUUCUUGGUGGGACUUGUGCCAUACCUGGUGCAUUUGGUUGUGGAAAAACUGUCAUUAGUCAAGCUCUUUCCAAGUACUCUAAUUCAGACACUGUUGUUUAUGUUGGCUGUGGGGAGCGAGGAAAUGAAAUGGCAGAGGUGCUUAUGGAUUUUCCUCAACUGACAAUGACACUACCUGAUGGUCGUGAAGAAUCUGUCAUGAAGCGCACGACACUUGUUGCAAACACCUCUAAUAUGCCCGUGGCUGCUCGGGAGGCAUCAAUUUAUACAGGAAUCACUAUUGCUGAAUACUUUAGAGAUAUGGGCUACAAUGUGAGCAUGAUGGCAGAUUCAACAUCCCGUUGGGCUGAAGCUCUGCGUGAAAUUUCUGGACGGCUGGCAGAAAUGCCUGCUGAUAGUGGGUACCCUGCUUAUUUGGCAGCACGUUUAGCCUCAUUUUAUGAACGUGCUGGUAAAGUAAAAUGUCUUGGUGGACCAGAACGUAGUGGUAGUGUCACAAUUGUUGGCGCUGUAUCUCCUCCUGGAGGAGACUUUUCCGAUCCUGUGACAUCUGCCACCCUCAGCAUUGUUCAGGUCUUCUGGGGUUUGGAUAAGAAACUUGCUCAAAGAAAACAUUUUCCUUCUGUGAACUGGCUCAUUUCCUACUCAAAGUACUCGGGGGCUUUGGAAUCUUUCUAUGAGCAAUUUGAUCCAGAUUUUAUUAACAUCAGGACAAAGGCCCGUGAGGUGCUGCAGAGAGAGGAUGACCUGAAUGAAAUUGUCCAACUUGUCGGAAAGGACGCUUUAGCUGAACAAGAUAAAAUCACACUGGAAACAGCUAAACUUUUAAGGGAGGACUAUCUUGCUCAGAAUGCAUUUACUCCAUAUGACAAGUUCUGCCCCUUCUACAAGUCUGUCUGGAUGAUGCGCAACAUAAUCCAUUUUUAUAAUUUGGCCAACCAGGCAACUGAGAGAGCUCCUGGUAUGGAUGGUCAGAAGAUAACUUACACUCUUAUUAAGCAUCGUCUGGGAGAUCUCUUUUAUCGUCUAGUGUCUCAGAAAUUCGAGGAUCCAGCAGAAGGGGAAGAAGCUCUUGUGGAAAAAUUCAAGAAGCUGCACGAGGACUUGACUGCUGGUUUCCGUGCCCUGGAGGAUGAGACUCGAUGAUUUGAAGUUGUGAUGCUUAUUUCAUAGUAAUUUUCACAGUUAUGAGCCUUCAGGUGGUGGCACUUGGUUUCCAUCUUUCAGUGUAUGUACCAAAAAAAAAGUAUGUAGAACCGGAAUUUGGCGGUAGAUGUCCCGCCACAUGGGUCAUUAUUUGGGCCUUGAUAUCAGAUGAGGUGUGUUAGCUAUAUUUCUAUAUCUUCCGUCCCAUGAGCUGCCAUAGCAACAGACUGGAUCGAUGCUAUUUUAUGUAUUUAUUAUGCAAUAAAGCUUGUCUUGUUUGGUUCCCAUUUGUAUGAUCAUAUUCAUUAGUUAAAGAAACUUUUCU